AUGGUCUGGAGGGAUGAGAAUGAAUCCCCACGGCUGGGAUCGUCACCGAUUUACAGACACGCGAUCGUCUUCGAGAAAUGUCAUCCAACACCUGAGAGUCCCACCAUCGUAAUGUACUAUAUGUUCGCGGAUUUUACGCGCACCACUUCGAUCCCUACACCACCGCUGUUGCCUGCCCUCUUGAUUAAGGUUGUUUGGACUGGCCCACGACACGAGACAAAUUCAGUUAUCCAAGUGGUCAAAGGUCAAACCACCGUAACCUUAGCUGGCCUUCUAGCAAACACCCGCUAUGAAAUCCAAGUUGCAGCGAGCAAUCGUAAAGGCCGUGGACCUCUUUCCCCAAAAAAGAUUUGUUCUACUACAGAAGCACCACCAGAAGCACCAGAGAACGUAAAAGCGUUACCAGUGAAUGAGACGUGCGUUAUGGUUUCCUGGUCCCACCCGAGCCGUCCACAGGGUCUGACUCGUCUCUACUGCCUAGCUGCUUACAGACAGGACAGCCUUUAUCGAUCCGCCGGUGCUUCUGCUGCCACUUCUGCUACUGCCACCGCUACCAUUGGCUCUGGUGUUACAGCUGGCCCUCGUUGUAUUAAACCGGAUUUCAGUAAACCCUAUAACUACUAUCUCUUUUGCGACCUGAGUCCACAGUAUCUGUACAACUUCUCGGUAAUGGCGAAAAAUCGGUUUGACGGAAGGAAAGCCUAUGUGUCAUCGGUGGCUCCGGCUUCUCAUUCUGCCGUGUCGAUUAUUUCUAUUGGUGGAACAAUUGUGGCUCAAGAGAGGAUGCGCGUACUGAUGGAUUGUUUGGUAGCUGGAUACCCCCCUGUUGAAUGGACAUUCGGAAUGGUCAAUGAUGUGCAACAGCUGGACAAUGGAACACUGAUUAUCGAAUCUGUUGAAACAAGACACUCUGGUCGAUAUGUUUGCCGGCAUGGGGAUGACUCCAUCUCCUAUGAGCUGAAGGUCCAAGCUCUUUCCAACGAUCCACCCAAACCCCCGGUGUUCCACAAACUCACACCGAGUCUUCGCAACAUCCAGGUGGAAUGGCUUUCUCCCGGUUCUAGGCGGCCAGACGCACCGAUUACGUGGUUCCACCUUGAUUGGACCAAUGAGUACACGGGUCUGAAAGACUCUGUUCGACUCCCAGCUGAUCGGCGGACCUACUACCUGUCAAAUUUGACAUGUGCCACAACGGUUCGAUUUCAAAUGCGUGCUGAGAAUCAGUUUGGGCUGAGCGCUCUUACAGAACCAAUUUCAGCUAGCACCGAAGGCUCUGCUCCACUCUUUGUCGGUGAAACGGACAUGGUACCGUCUGAAUUGCGUUCGCGAAACUGCGCCACCUUCAAUUUUUCCGUCUUUGCUCCCGGUAGCAACUGCUCUCCUAGUGUCUAUCGAUUUCGAGUCUGGCCAGCUGCUGACGGUUCUGAUGCUGAUCCCUCCUCGUCUUCUCUACUCACUGGAGCUUCAUCUUCCUCUGGGGGUAAUUCCGCUGCCUCCACUGCUUCCGCUACGCCAGGCGCCUUUUCCGUUCUCCAUUUCAACCUCACUCUGACAAAACGCGAUCUCUUCAGUCUGGACAAUAAGCCCUGGAAUCGACGGUGUUGCUACAACUUGAGUGGUCUCCAUCCUGGCUCGUACUAUCAGUACCACGUCGUGGCUGAGAAUCCAGCUGGAAAGACACCGCAUUUCGGAUACUUCUGGACGCGAACCGUUGGUGGAAUUCAACCACGGGAAGGUGCCAGCACUCGUUUCGGUCGGACAAGUUUUCUAAGCCAACCUACCAUCACCGUUCCACUGACAAUAUUCUUUGUUGUGCUCUUUGUCGCUCUCGUUUGCCUCUUCUUCUACUGUCGACAUCGACGACUGGAGGCGGAACUGAAUCCCACGGCAAAACCGACGGUUGGGAGACCGAUUCUUAAUGCUAACCUUGCAGAGGGGCAUCCACACUUUCAACAGCAACAACAGCAUAUCCAACAAAUGCAGCAUCCAGUUUUUCAGACUGCAGCUGGUGGAAGACAUCGCGGAACGUUGCCACCGAUUCCGGUUAAUGAAGACAAGGCUGACUAUCAUGCAGAAGGAAAAGUGAGGACAGGAGGAGGGUUUCUGGGUCGUUGGGGUCGAAGCUCCCGACUUUACGAUCAAGGCAGAGCAGGAACCAUUCUCCCCCCGCAGAUCAUCCCUCCUUCGGCUGCUAUUGAACCAGAUCGUUUGUCGACCAGUUCCAUGGACAGCACUGGUAAUCUAAACCCUUACGCUACGUAUGCAGCUGGUGGAAUUGAGGAGGAGGUUACACAGCCGGUGGCUUCCAAGUCUUCCACAACUCUUCAACCAUCGGCUAGAUCUUUGACCGCCGUCAGAACUCUAGACGUUCCCAUUAGUUCGGCUAAUACUGCAGGUGGUGCAACACGAAUGUACAAGACUUUCAAAAAAGGCUAUCCCCUUGAAAGACAGCAAUCCUACAUGCACCAGUACCACUACCCGGAUCUUGGGAAUCCCGAGACGGAGGGCCUUCUCGAAGCCACUCGUCGCGGAAAUACCGCAACCGCUGGUCGAGUUCAAGGUCGUUUUCUACCCAUCGGUGACCCAAGGACAAUUCGUGGACUCAGUAGUCGACAAUUUCAACAUCAUGCUUUGUUGGAUCCCCCACUUCAUCAACCCUACGUCAAUAAUGACGACGAUCUCGUGGAUGAUGACGAAGACAUUGAUUUCUUUGGUCCUCACCCACUCCUAGCCCACCGGCGAAUUAAUUCAUCUGAGUCCCUUCAACAACACGUCUUCCGACAAGGCCUUUUCCCAUCAACUACCUAUCAUCGGGGCUAUGCAAGACCUAGAGGCAACAACCCCACUGUUGGAAAUAUUGCAACAGCUGGACCUUCUAGUGGAGGUGCAGGAGGACCGAAUUCCGGGGUUUUCUACGACACUCGGAAUUCUCAUCUUGCGUUGGAUCCGCUCACAGCGGCCUAUCGCGGAAGUGUGCUCAGUUCAACGACGGUAUCGUCUAAUCAAGACGAGCUGAUGCAAGCCUAUGAGUAUGGACGCAAAAACGGCCGAUUCUUGGCGACUGUAGGAGGGACUGGAACAGCAGUUGCUGUGGCAACAACAGCGUCGGGAGAGGUGGGAGCCGUAGCGCCUUCAUCGACGGUGGUGAACGCUGGAGGUGGUGGAUCGGGAUCUAGUGAAACUACGGAUCCUGGAAUAUGUCAAUUUACGCAACAGCCACCAAUGCCGGAUGAAAUGGACGGUCGGCUACCUAACGGCACAAUCGACGUCUCUCGUCGUGGCGCACCAUCUACUCGUCCCGGACUGGCAGCAAUGGCUAUCGCUAGUGAAGCUCUGCCUCCUGCUUUCCUAAAACGUCAGCUGUCCGAAUGCCCCUCGGAAAUGACCGACACCUAUGCUUCGGUUGACUAUUCAGCCAUGGGAGCUACUCAAUCUCGUGCUGUUGUCCCUCUUCGUGGUGGACCCUCAUCCAAAUUGCCGACGAUUCCGCAGAACCAACAGCUUCUUGCAGCAAGGAUAGAGUUCCCUGAUCUGGAGAGCGAUUCCGGAAUGUCUGGGUUGGCUCGCGGGGCUAUCCCAAUGCCCGGAUACCAUCGACAGUCCAGCCAGCAUAGUUACUACUAUCCAACGGCUGCGACAGCGGCGGCGACGGCUGUGGGAGGAAGUUACUAUGGGCAGCCGGUUGGACGACAACAUCGAUCCACUAUACGUGCUUCCAUGGUUCGAAGACAAGGGUCAAUGACUGAAGGAGGUGGCAGUGGAAGCCCUAGAAGUAGGCAGCAACAGCAGCAACAUUAUCAGAGCCGGAAGAGCACCGCUCGUGGCACCAGCAACAAUAACGCCAGCGCCGCCUCCACCGGCUACAGCUCAGCCUCCCGAAGCAUCGUCGUCUUCGAUUCCUCCGACGGAAGGGCGCGCCAACAGCAACACCACCACCAACAACAACAACAACCAUCAACCUCGACAGGAACAGCUGUGGCGACGACGACAGGACCUGUUGAAGCCACGGAGGACGAAGAGAAUAUCUACACCUCGGAGUUUGUCCUGGUCUAG